AUGAAGCGAGCCGGGAUGCUGCGGCAGGUCUCCGACUUCAGUGACUUCAGCCGAGGCCACUGGCUGCAGGAGCUGCUGUGCCAUGGAGAAGAGCCCAGCCACAUCCAGUUCAGCCCCGAUGGGCAGCACCUUUUGGUCCUGCAGAAGAGCCGGCCGCCCCCUCUGCCCUGGGUGGUGGCCUUCCAGCGCCACGGCGUCGGUGGAGCCGACCUGGAGAGGAACUGGCAGCCGCCACAGGCAGCCCUUGUUGGGCUGCUCUUCCUGCAGAGCCCUGUGAUACUGGGCUCCUGGGUACUGGCCAUUGUGUGGGAACACGGCCGGACUGAGGUCUGGCACUUCGUGGUGGCCAUGGGCUGGCAGCUGCUGCAGACGCUGGAGCUCUGCCAGGGUGCCCGGGCACGAAUCGUCUCUGUGUGCAGCCAGGGAACUAGCCUGGUGUGGUGUGAGGAGAGGCCUCCCCUGGAUGCCCACUCGGACAUGAGCAAGUGUGCCUUCAGGUUCUGUGUCUGCACCCGAGCUCUGGAGGUGGGGGAGCAAGGUGUGCGGCUGGGCACCGUAGGGAUAGUCCUGCACAACAGCCCUGAGUACCAGGUCCUGGCCUCCCCCCAGCACGUCUUCUUGGUGCCUGCUGCUGCCAGCUUUGCCACCACUUCCAAAUUCCUCCUCAUCUGGCAUCCCAAGAAGGCAAAGCUCACCAUCACAGCCCCCUCUGCAGGCUUUGUCCACAGCAAGGUGCUGCACUCCAGCAGCGAGUCAGACUUCAGGAAGCUUCUGCUUGGUUCUGUGGGUCAUCUCUCAGGUUUGGCACCUCUGGACAUUCACACCUCUGCUGUGUCCAACAGUGGGGGUCUGCUGCUGGUGAGCACGAAGGGUGCAGUGAACAUGGUGGAGCCAGAUGGGACACAGAGGCAUAUCUUUGACUUGGAUGGAGGCCCCCUGGCCCAAGGAAGUCCUGUCCAGCUGAAGACCUUUGGCAGCAUCUUGGGCUGUGUGCUGGCUGGGGUCCUGUACCUUGUCGACCAGAACAGUGGAAGGCUCAUAGAAAAGAAAAUCCUGAGCAUGAAAGAGGUGCAUUUUCUGGAGUCCCCAGGAGAGGAGGACAGCAUCCAGCUCCUCACUCAAACUGGCAUCUACAGCUUUAGCUUCUCCAAACCUGAGGACAGCAGCAGACCUGAGCCGUGCCUGGUGGAGAUGGUGUUCGAGGAGGCCUGCAGAUACUAUCAGAGGAGGAGCCUCAGCAGCUCCAAGUUGACAGUGGAGAAGUUGAAGAAAGGUGGUGCGUUCCAGGCUCCUGUGGCCCUCGCUGCCAUCCUGCAGCACAGCCUCUGCCAGAAGCAAAAGCCAGCCCGAGGCCUCCAAGACACUUAUGCCAAGCUGUUGAGUACAAUGAGCCUCGAGCUGCAGAGCUACAUGAGCCUGGAGCUCCUCAAGACCUGCGUGGUGUGUGCCCCAGAGAGUGAGGUGGAACGCUACUGUGAGGAACUGGUGGAGCAGGAGGUCAGCCGUGUUCUGCACUCUGACAUGGACAAGGACAACUUGGCCUACCUGAACUCUGUCUUUGCCUCCUUCCCUAAGGCUGCCUGGAAGGCCACGAGGAGCUGCCUGCAGCUGCAGCAGAAUGGGGAUGGCCUCUUGGUAGCCAGGGCCACCCCGGAAGUGUGGAAGAAGGUCCUGGGAGGGCCGCAGCAGGAGGAGGUAGGUCAGAAUGGGAUGGUCCCGCUCUUUGAGCUCAUCUGUGCCUCCUUCCUGAGGUUCAAACCCAAGUGGCUGCCCAGUUUUGUGGAGCUGACCCAGCAGUAUGUUAGCAUCUCUUGGGCAUACAGCAGUAAGGAGGGCCCAGAGGGCCGGGUGCCACUGUACAAAAGAGCUCUGGGAGUACUGGCCAGGAAAAACAAGCGCAGCGAGGCAGAUGAUGAGAUGGAGCUCGAACUGCUGCUCUGCAGCAAGAGGCCUAAGGCUGUGCUGCAAGCUCUGCACCUUCUCGUCCGCCUGAAGCGGUGGCAGCGGGUGGUGGAGGUGGCAGAGAAGUUCUCCAAGCUUAGCCCCUUGCUUAACAAGGAGAUAUUCACCACACUGCUGGCAGAGUUUGCCCAGCACCGGGAGCUGGACCUAUAUCUGGACACGCUGUGGCCGCUGUGCCCCGCUGAGCUUACCGCCUCGGACAUCCUCACUGUGGUCCUGCAGCACCUCCCUUGCUCCCAGGACAACCCAGUGCCUUUCUCCAGCGAGGGGAACCAGCUGACUGUAGGCUUGCUGAAGCCACUGCUGCAGAGGGUUGUACAGCGUCCCUGCAUCCAGGAUGAGAUGUACUUGGAUGCCUUGCAGAGCCCCACCUUCCCCCCUCCUACCCCACCCCGAGAGCACAAGAUCCCCUCAAAAGCAGUGGCCGAUGAUGCCCCUCAGCCACCCAUGGCAAGGACUUCCUCCCCCUCAACGCUGGUACAGGCUGACACCGCAUGAAGGGGGGAAGCACACUGGGAUCCCAAGCCUUGGGUGCACGAGGAGGGGAAAGCCACAUCCACCCCAGGAAAUCCUGCCCUGCCUGGCAGUACAGAAGGCUGCUCCUUUCUGAAGCCUCCCUGCAGCAGCAUCUCAAAAAGUCCGUUGGGUGGCUGGGGGAUCUCAUCUGAAGUCAGGGCAGGCUUUCUGGCUAUUUCUAGCAAGUGCAAUUGUGUGUGCCCCAGCGGAGGAGCAAAUGCCAGAUGCAUUUGCAGAUGAAAGUGCUGGCUGCACUACAGGACUACAGAACUGCUCCCUGUCCAAAGCACUUUGGUUUUUGUUUGCUUGGCUCCUUUAUAACUUCACUUCUACUUCCCUGAUCCUCUAGGAGUGGUGGUGGGCAGGA